AUGGCUACCCAGGUAGCGGGUAAGCGCCAACAGCGCGAGGAAUACCGCCGCAAGAUCCAGGAACAGGCUGAGCGCGUUGAUGGCGACGUUUCCAAUGUGAAAAUGCCGAAGAAGAGAUUCUUCCGGCAGCGCGCGCGCAUGCGAACCCCGAUUAGCCCUGCGCAUAUGGACUGGGCGUCGCAUUAUCCUGCCUUUGUCGAUCCAGAUCCGUCCAAGAUCAAUCUCGGUGGUACGAGAAAAUUGAUCAAGGAUGUGGAAGUUGUGGACAUUGGUUGUGGAUUCGGCGGGUUGCUGGUUGGACUGGCACCUCUACUACCAGAUACCUUGAUGGUCGGCAUGGAAAUCCGCGUCUCAGUCCUCGACUACGUCCGCAGCCGCGUAUCCGCCCUCCGCUUAAAACAGCAAGUCCUCAAAAAGACCGCCGCGGAAAAGAGCACAAACCAAACCCCCUCCGAAACCCCCACAGUCCCCGAAGACGAAGACGACGAAGUCGGCAGCACGACGACCAUCGUCCCAGGAAACUACGAGAACAUCACUGGUAUUCGGGCCAACACGAUGAAAUUCCUCCCCAAUUUCUUCGGCCACCACCAACUCUCCAAAAUCUUUGUGUGUUUCCCUGAUCCGCACUUUAAGGCGCGCAAGCACAAGGCUCGUAUUGUCUCCGAGAGCUUGAAUGCUGAAUAUGCGUAUGUUCUGAAGCCGGGUGGUUUGAUGUAUACUAUCACUGAUGUGGAGGAAUAUCACCACUGGGGAGAUGAGCCUACGGAGGGCAUUAGAGAUCUUUGGGAACUUCUCUCCGAAGAGGAGCUUGAUGCGGAUCCUUGUGUCCAGGUGAUGAAGUUUGAGACCGAAGAGUCCAAGAAGGUCACUCGGAACAACGGUAACAAGUACGUUGCGGUGUUCCGUCGCAAGGCGGACCCCGAGUGGCCUGCUUGA